AUGUCAAGAAUAAAUCUUGUAAAUAAAAAAAUUGAUUCUUAUAGAAAAAUUGGUAACCUAUCAGAUACAGGUACAAAAAAUAAUUUGGAGAAAGUUACUUUUGAUUCUAAAAUCUUGCCAAGAGUUUCACGCAGUAGUACUUAUUAUGGAUUAAAUAGAACUAUCAAUUACUAUGAUUAUGAUGGAACUUUUAGACAUAGAAUUGUAGAUGUAGAACCAAGACAUAGACAACGCACUAAUGGUAUUGGCGGUUAUGGUGACUCAAGUGAAAGUGAAGAUGAGCGUAUUCCAAUAGAAUAUUAUAUAGAUUACUAUUUUAGUGAUUCCUCGGAUAAUGAAACUACACAAGAAGAUGAUACAUUUCAACGUCUUAUUUCUGAUAACAACUUUUUAGGUGAAAUUGAUGAAAGUCCUAUAUUAACGCGUGGUCGUUAUGUACAAACUAAUUCCGAAAUAUUAAGUAGAAGUUCCUCUUUAUCUCCUUUACCAAUUACUUCAUUUACUAUAGGAACACUUAAUAUUGAAGACAUUAAUCAAGAAAAGGAGAAAAAUGAAAAUAAUACUGGUAAAAUUAAAAGUACAAACCAAAUUUAG